GGAGGGAGGAGCAGCCCGGGCCGGCGCCGCGGGAGAGAGCGAGAGAGCGGCCGGGAUGCGGGCGGCGCCUGGCCCUCCGCUGGCGCUGCUGCUGGGCCUGGUCCUGGGCGCGGCGACGGCCGAGAGGCAGCACUACGGCGCCGGCGGCGAGCACCGCCCGGACUACGACCGCGAGGCGCUGCUGGGAGGCCAGGUGGGUCGCCCGGAGGGAGGGAGGGAGGGAGGGAAGGCCAGGCCACCUCUCGCUCGCUCCCAGCUUGCAGCCGCGCAAACCGAGAAGGGGCGGAGAGGCCGGAGUCCCGGGGCGCCCGCGGAGAAUCCCCCGGCCCGCGCGCAGCGUGGCUUCAGCGGCCGCGGGGAGCCGGUCCUGCCCCAGGGCUGGGGGGCGAAGCAGGCGAGCCGGGAGGGCGGGGUUCCAUUGUUGAGGCGGCCGCCUCCCUCCACCCCCCGAGCUGCGGCACGGAGGCCCUGGAGGGCGGCGGAAGGGGCUGCGGAGCAGGGGGCCUCGCUUUCGCCAGGGGCCCGGGCAUCCCGUCCCUCGGAGCUCAGUGGGGUUUACUUCUAGGGGAGGGGGACUGUGACCCCACAUACAAAGAUGAUGCACACCCCCCCCCAAAUCAGAAUAAGGCACUCACAAAAGGCAGACAAAUGAGGACAGUGACCCCCCCUCCUUUGGGGAUAGGUAACACAAAGAACUGGGACAUAGUUGUAUAUGCUAGGGAAAAAGAAGCAACCCAGGUAUUGGUUGGGGCUUCAAGUUGCUUUUGGACCUCAGCAACAGGGUGCACUGUGUUUUCUGUGUGAAGAAAUGGAUGUUUAGAACUGCUUAAAUGAAUGCUAGUUAUAAGCCAGUCUCUCUAGAUUAAUUAAUAAUAAGUCAAUAAGGUGAAUCAUGAUAAUAGUAUAUAGCGCGUCUAAAGAGUUCAAAGUGCUCAUCUUGAUAUGUUUGCAUCAACCUUAUAAGGAGGGUGAACAUUCCCAGGGGAACUGAAGGAGGCAGUGGUGCGACCGCUCUUAAAGAAAACAUCAUUAGAUCCCUUAGAUCUAUCCAAUUACCGCCCGGUUUCGAAUCUUCCAUUCCUGGGUAAGGUGAUUGAGAGAGCGGUUGCUGAACAGCUUGGUAGGUUUCUGGAUGAAACAUCGGCUCUGGAUCCAUUCCAGUCUGGCUUCCGCGCUGGUCAUGGGACCGAGACGGCUCUGGUCGCCCUAACAGAUGAUCUCCGCAGGCAGCUGGAUCGAGGCGGGUCGAGCUGCUGAUUCUUCUAGACCUGUCAGCAGCCUUCGACAUGGUCAAUCACGAACUCCUGGACCACCGCCUUGCCGACGUGGGGAUCCAGGGCACAGUCCUUCAAUGGCUGCGCUCGUUUCUCUCUGGUCGGGGACAGAGGGUGGCGUUUGGGGGGGAAUUGUCAUCGCGCCACUCCCUGGUGUGUAGAGUGCCUCAGGGUACGAUACUCUCCCCAAUGCUUUUUAACAUCUUUAUGCGCCCCCUCGUCCAGCUUGUCCGGAGUUUUGGGCUGGGCUGCCAUCAGUAUGCCGAUGACACCCAACUCUAUCUGUUGAUGGAUGGCCAUCCUGACUCGGCCCCAGACAUACUGACCAGAUGUUUGGAAGCUGUGGCUGGAUGGUUACGUGGGAGCCAGUUGAAGCUAAAUCCUUCGAAGACAGAGGUUCUCUGACUGGGACGGGAUGAUAGGGGAUUGGGGGGGGCAACUCCCAUCUCUUGCAGGGGCGCAAUUAGUGCCAGCACCGUCCGUUAAGAGUUUGGGUGUAAUCUUCGACACCUCCCUCUCCAUGGAGGCGCAGAUUGCAGCUAUAACAAAGGCGGCAUUUUUGUCAUCUCCGCCAAGGUAAGCAGUUGGCUCCUUACCUCUCUCGCCCUGACCUAGCCACUGUGAUCCACGCGACGGUCACCUCCAGACUGGAUUAUUGUAACUUGCUCUACAUGGGGCUGCCCUUGAGACUGACCCAGAAACUCCAGCGGGUGCAGAAUGCCGCGGCGAGACUCCUUAUGGGGUCUUCGCUGCGAGAUCACAUUCAUCCGGUGCUAUACCAGCUGCACUGGCUCCCGGUGGAGUACAGGAUCAGGUUUAAGGUGCUGGUUUUAACCUUCAAAGCCCUAUACGGCCUAGGACCCUCGUACCUACGGGACCGCCUCUCCUGGUAUGCCCCACAGAGGAACUUACGGUCUUCAAAUAAAAACAUCUUGAAGGUCCCAGGCCACCGAGAGGUUAGGCUGGCCUCAACUAGAGCCAGGGCUUUUUCAGCUGCGGCUCCAACCUGGUGGAACGCUGUGUCACAAGAGACAAGGGCCCUGCAGGACUUGACAUCUUUCCGCAGGGCCUGCAAGACAGAGCUGUUCCACCAGGCCUUUGGUCAGGGCGCAGCCUGACUCCCUCCUUUGGCAAUCUUUACAGAACUUUAGUUUAUGGUUGCCAUCAAUUUUUAUUUUAAUUAAUUUUUAUAAUGUUUUUAGAAUGUUGCACUAUUUUAGUGUUGUUAGCCGCCCUGAGCCCGGCUUCGGCUGGGGAGGGCGGGAUAUAAAUAAAAUUUAUUAUUAUAACAUUGUGCUCUUGCACAGUUCCUAUUCAUGACAAUGGAGCUUGUUCCAGAAAACGUUCCCUUGGGUUGUGUACUUUGGAGUCAGAUUUGCCCGCCAGAUUUGCCUGCCUGAGGUUGCUCCUGCAUCUUGCCUUGGGGUGGCUCUGCCUCUGCAUAAAGAUCACUGCACAAAUAAACUUAAGUUGCCACCAAAUAUCCUGUAAGCCAGAAGUGAGGCACCUAUCACACUCCAGAUGUUGCUAGAUUACAUCGCUGAUCAUCUCUGCCCAUUAUCCAUGCUGGUGGGGGGCUGAUGGGAAUGGGAGUCCUGCAAUAUCUGGAGGUUCACAGAUUCCCCCCCUCCCCUUGUGGAACAACUCCUUCCCCCUGAGACACACAAACUCCUCAUUCAAGUUUACAAAUGCAUAUCACUUACAUCAGUUGCCAUUCAAAAUCAGGAUGGCAGGGCAAUUGAAAUAUUGCUUUCCCCACACUGCACUGUUUCAGUGUAUGGUUUUAUGCAAAGAAGGAUUUCUGAUACUUCUUUGGAGGUCUUUAAGCAGAGGCUUGACAACCAUAUGUCAGGAGUGCUCUGAUGGUGUUUCCUGCUUGGCAGGGGGUUGGACUCGAUGGCCCUUGUGGUCUCUUCCAACUCUAUGAUUCUAUGAUAUGUGAUGUGCAGGACCAAGGCACUGGCAAUUGCCUAUUAAUUUGGAAUAUCCUUGAUGCUCUCUUUCCUUUCCAUACAUGCUGUUUUGAUGAUGCUCUUGUUCCAAGCCUUAGUGUCUGCUAGAUCCUGAAGCACGAAAGAGAUUGGUAGUGGCAGUUGCCAUUGCUGGAGAGCACUAGGUGGCAAAGAUUUUUGGACUGCCCCUUAUCUGGCACCUCAAAAUAGGACCUUCAGAUGAUGAUGAUAAAAGAGGGCAUGUUUGUGUAACUGGUAAGAUUUCAGAUGAUGAAACAGUUAUUUAAACUAUUUCUAGCCAGUUUGUUGCCUACUUGCUAGAAUCUCUCAUCUCCUCCCUGUGCAAUUAUUAGGCUGGAUUCUGAGUCUAACAGCAGCUGUAAUAUUAGAUGAACCAGCUGGAAUAAAGUGAUAUAUACCACAGCUUUACUCAUGUUUACUGAGAACAGACUCCCACGAGAGGUGGUGGACUCGCCUUCCUUGGAGGUUUUUAAGCAGAGGUUGAAUAGCUAGCUGUCAUAGAAGCUUCAGCUGAGAUUCCUGCAUUGCAGGGGGUUGGACUAGAUGACCCUUGGGCCCCUUCCAACUCCAAAGUCUCACUGAGAGCAUGCGAGUAGCCAAGGCCCCCCCAAUCAAGUAAAACAAUAGAAAUACUUAACUGACCAAUCACGGUGGUUCUGCCCCCCCUAACAAAAGUGCUGUCCUUCCUAACAAAAAUCAUGGCUACGCCCAUGGCUGAGAGUCAUUCUUACUCCCAAGCCCCGGGUUGCAGCCUUAGCAGUCAGGCAACUUUCCCCAGUUUUGGGAAGGGGCCCAACAGUUCCUAUUAGUGAGCAGCAGCUGGGCAUUUGAUGGUAGGAGUGGAGGAUCCAAAGAUGUUUUGGAUCGAUGGGAAAAAAGGACUGACAAAACCCGGGACCAGGAGGAAGGGACGCUGGAUGAAGAUUGGAUUGUUUUUAUUUCUUUUUUUCUUAUUACCAGGAUUGUUUUAUAAAAUGGAUGAAUGUUAGAAAAAUGUUGGAACGAAAUUACUUGGCUCUAGUAAAAAUGUUUAAAGAAUUAGGUAAAAAUAUUACGGUUGUGAGAAGUCGGUAAAAAUAAGAUUUAAGUUUAAGUUUUAAGGUUUUCUAUAAGACAAGAUGAAAAUAGAUUAAGGUAAUGUAAAGACAGAAUAUUAUGAAAUAUGGAAAGGAUUUGCUGCGGUAAUUAUUAACUAGGACACAAAAAAAAGGGAGGAGGAGGAGGUCAAAGAAAGAAGGUAAUGAGAGUUGAGGAUUUGAGAAUGAUGGAUUUGUUUUUGUCUGUUUGCGGUGUAUUUUUGUUUUUUGAAUUUGUAUUGUUGGAUGUGGUUUGUUUUUUCUUUUUUCUUUUUCUGCUUUGUUUUUUCUCUGUAAUUCAAAAAAAUUUCAAUAAAUAUCAUUAAAAAAAAUUUAAAAAAACAAAGAUGUUUUGUCUGCUGAAAAUACCUUCUUUGACAGCACGCCAAAAGUGAUAAACCCACCCAGAUUAUGUGCUCAUUUUUUAUAAUUUCUUGUUCCCUCCAAAGGAAGAAGUGGAAGAGUUUGCCAGACUGAGUCCAGAUGAGCAGCAGAAAAGAUUGAAGGGUAUUAUAAAAAAAAUUGAUGUGGACGCUGAUGGCUUUCUCACAGAAGGUAUGAUGUUAUGAAAAGAGUAUUUACCAAUAAUUCAUGAAAAAAUAUAGACAUUGUACUAUAUAUAAAGAUCUUUACAUCAGCUUGCAGCAGAUAUGAAUCCUAACCAAACCACAUAAUUCAGCUGUUGGGUAGCCCAAGGGUGGGCUUCUUUGUGGGUCUGCAGUCUGACUACUUCACUCUGGCCAGUUAGAAUAUUUCCUGAACUUCAACAACUGCUCAGCAAACGGCUGGAGGAUGAGAAGCGAGAGGACAAGCUGGCGGAUGACCCGUCCAAUACAGGUGCUUCUGUAUGAAUGCACUACAUAAGCUUGAGUUGGCCCAAAUAAUAUAUAUGGGGUGGAGGUUUCAAGAUGGCCACCGACCUCUGAGUCUAACGCAUUUGCACUAACUGCAACUUACCAGAUGAGACAAUCCAGUUGAGAAACCGUUGAGAAAACUGCUGGGAUACGAGAAGUGCUGGGCUGAGAGAAAUGCUGGGUGAGUCAGUGUUUUACCGAUAAGGUGAGGAAGAAAAAAAAGAAAGAAUUAACUCCCCUCCAUUUCAUUGGAUGUAACUCUUUGUGGGACUCUGCGCAAGAUUAAGACUUAAGCCUUUGCUCCAUUGUCUCCCUGAGUGGUUGACCAAUAUGGUAACACAAGGAAGGCAUGUAAAAUCCUGGGAAUUACGCCAAACUUUACAAGUAGCUCUCCUGAACCUCGGAGAAGACAAAGGAAAAUCACAAAGUUUUUCCUUCAGGAGAGUAAAGAAAAGGCGAGCAAGCUGAUACAAGAUGAAGUAUCCCCUAUACUUCCUGCGUUGGACUGGUCAAUACAUCUUAAAGGGGACAUGAAGGAACCUAGGAACAUAAGUCCUUCAAUAAAUUGGCCCUAGACUUGGCCUUGGCAGAGGACAUAAACAAGGCCAAUCUGAGAAAUAAAUUGGGCUUAACCUAUACAGAGGCAUUCUUUUGAACUAAGCAAAAGCCCACCCAACAACAAGCCAUUUCUAAAGGCACACAAGCAGAGGAGAGAGACACUGACCUCCACGAUCAGCUUCAUAUGGUUUGCUUAGAAUUAACCCUCAUCAAAAACUUUCUUACAGUAAGCAAUGGGCUGCUUACAACACUGGUGGAAAAUUUUACAACUCGAGAGAGCUUUAGAGCCAAAAGAUACUGAAAGGACAUCUAGACAAACACAGCCAGUAAUCACUGCAUUGGCAAAGGAAAAUACUGAAGAAAUCACCAAAAGACUGUAUAACAAAAAAUCUAAAGCACUGAAGAAAAGUAAAAAUAUUAAAGACUUAAAGAAGAAGAAUAAAACUCAAUGUGCAUGUAAAAAUCAAUUACAGAAGCUUUACAUGUUGAUACCAACAGAUUCCACUUUGGAUACAAAUAAGCCUGCAUCAAAAGCCCAGAGGGAAAAAGGGGAAAGGAAGAAGAUAGUAGCAAAUGCUGCUAAAUCACAGCAAAUGUUAGAGAAGGAAAAUCCGACAGAGGAAAAUAAAACAGAUGCCUCAGUUGAGGUUGCUGCUUUGACUCCAGGAGGGAAAGCACCUGGGAACGAGGGAAACGGAGAGGAUACUGUCCACAAAACUGAACUUGACCCAACAACUGAUUAUCCAGAAGCCCAACGUGACUUUUCACCAGGAAAAAGGGUGGAAUUUGGUGAUGAUCCCACAAAAACUACCGCAAAUGAUCCAAAACUGAAAGGCCUCCUUACCCAGGCAGAACGUAUAACACAUCUGCUGCUUAUUCUAGAUAAGACCUUACCAGGAGCAAAGAGGCCCGAUGAUACUGUCUUCAUAGAAUAUCUAUACUAUGACAGUGUUAGGGCAUGAGCAGUGGUUACUUUCAAGGACCCAGAUCUAGCCAACUUUAUUUAUAAAAUCAGGGAGUUUUUUUUAAUAAUAGACAGGCUAGAAAUUAUAAGAUUUUUCUAAAACGGGGCACCAGUGGCAUCCUUUCUUGGUGAUGUGGCUGUCGAGUGCAAAGAUAGAGAUUCUCCGAAACCAAACAGUGAUGAAAACCUUAUAGAUUUGAAUUGGACCCAAGAAUCCUUCCUCCUCUAUUAUAAACAAAAGACAUCAAAACUAGAAUGGAAGACUCCACCUACACAUAACCCACAAUACUCUGUGAUCAAGUGGAUAGAAAAUUUUACUUCAGAAGAGAAAGCCUUAAUGCGUCAAUAUUGGACCUUGCCAACUGUGGCCCAAAAAGAAAUCUUGGAAAGGCUAGACUUAUGGAGAAGCAACACAGAAGAAGAAACGGCCUUAAAAUUAAAGGAAUUUAAGUUGCAAGUGAUAAAGGAGAUAAAAAAUGGGAAAGGGAGAACAAGUCCUGGGAAAGCCAAGCCCAGAGAUGUGAUGGACGAUGGUACAGUGAACGGACAGAUCACUCCCCAAAAUGACCCCACAUUACAACGGGUUACGGCAGAGAUAAAUCUGUUAUCAAAUAAUAAUGUACAAAGUAAAAAGGAGGAAAAGAAAAACUUAUUUCCUCCUGCGACCAAAACAAUUCAUAAGAUGUCAAAUCCUGGGCUCUGGACAGAAAUGAGAUACCUAGGAGGAAAUUAGAUCAACACAAAAGGAAAUUACUCCAUUGGCCAAUUUAGAAAGGAAAGGCCCAGUGAUUGCAGGUGUGAGUAUAAUAUGUCCAAUGACCAAAACGACUGAAUAUCCAGAUGCUACCUUGAGUAAAGAAACAAUGAAAAAUAAUGAUAUUGAGCUGCAACAAAAAUGGGCAAACCUUAAAAAUACAUUGCCCUGGGAUUGACAAGGAUUAAAUUGUCACAAAACUAAAGCUAAAUUAAAUUGCCUGAAAGAUUGUGAGAAUUACCUCCUUUCUGCUGCUAAACAGCUAAGAAAUGAAGACUUUUACCCGCCACAGACUACUAUUUCCAACUGAUUUGUGAUUCUAGCAGAAAGGGACAAAGUCGACCCUCCAGAAACUACUAACGGGGACAGGGUGAGUUCUGUAAAAUGGGCCCAAAAGGAUGCUGCUCCCUGGGUGGGUCGACCUAGGCCUGGGUAUAAACAUGCCAUUGGAAAAUGAGACCCUGGAAGAAAAUCUCAAAAAAUCUUCACAGACCCCUUCUGAGCAAGAGCAAAACAUGACCUGCAUGAGGUCACUCUUCUAACUUGGAAUGUGGCUGGAUGGUUUGCAUCCACCAGAGAGCCUUGCUUUAAAGACUUCCUCUCCUAUCAUGACAACAUCAUGAUCCAGGAAACACCGACUGUGGAUGAACUACUUGUUGUGUAUUGAAGUUCUCGCCCUGGCCACCGGGGGUAUUGUCUAUAUAGUUUUCACUCAGGUCCAUGUCAGUUAAUAUAGGUGGGAAACCCUGGAGUGUUUUUGUUACAAUGUUGACAGCCGCCUGCCUAUAAAAGCAGGCCGGCUCAGCAGUUCAGUUCAGUUCAGUUCUAUUUUACUAUAAAGAACCACUUGGAGAAAUCUCUGUGCCAUCUGCUAUGUCCACCCACUACUUAAUACUACUACUCAAUGGAUUUCAUUCAUUCUCAGCUGGGGCAGAACCAGGGGUAAGGCACAGAAGAGCAAAAGGGGUCCUGGGGGGUCCUAGUCUCCACUACUCGACGUGCCAUUUCAAGCCCCCCCCCCCCCCAAUUCAAGUCAUAUGCCAUGGCAUUGUUAAUCCAGUCAUGCGCUGUUGGUAAUAAAUGCUUAUAUGCCACCAAUGAGGCAGAAUCCUCAGAUCAGAGUCUUGUGGACUGAUCUGGAAACUUAUAUAACUGACCUUAUCCUGCUCAACCCAAAUGCAAUUGUAGUUCUGAGAGGGGACCUCAACGCCAGACUGGGCCAUAAUGACCACUCACUGUAUGCACGGCACAAAUGUCCUCCUCCCAACCUUGAAGCUGAUGGAUUCCUUCUCACUCGCAGCUCAAAAGAUCAGAAAUCAAACUUCGCAGUCCUCUGCUUGGCUCAAACAGCAUUUAGGCUAAACCUCUACAUUUUAAAUGGUGCCCUUGAAAGUGACUACCCAGCUGAAUUCACCUACCUAUCUGGCUCCAGAAUGAGUGCUAUAGAUUAUAUGUUUCUAGGGACCUCCUUCCUUAUGUUAAGACCCUAGAAGUUAUGCCUAAAUUUGACAGUGAUCACUUCCCAAUUCUCCUUUAGCUAACAGCCUUCCCCCAAGUGAUACAUACUGAGGACUGCUACCAACCCUUCCUAAUGCCAGCAGGAAGAACUUACCGUCGACCCAAGUGGACUCCUCAUCUAAGCCAAAUGAUAACUGAACUACUGGCCUCAGAUCGCCUGCAGUGCCCUGAUAUCUGCUGUCUCUCCUGAUGCACUCUUGGAGAACUAUAACACCCUUAUGCAAGAGCCCCACCAGCACCUAACCUGGAAUAAUAGCACACCCUUGAGACAACAACAGCACCACUCCAAGCCAUGCUUUGACAAGGACUGUGUUAAUGCCAGAAAAGUUCUUGCUGCCACUUACAAGGCUUAUGUAUCCAAGACCAAACCAACAGCUGCAAUGGUCCUCCUCCAGCAGGAGAGAUACUACAAGUACCUUCUGGCACGAAAGAAAAGGGAUGCCGUGAAGAACACGUGGACACGAUUUAUCCAGGCAGCCAAAUCCAAUGAUUCAGCCACAUUUUGGCAUAUUACAUCUAGCCCACAAAGCAACGGCCCGACCAUGGUGGACUUUCACAUCCCGCCAGAGACCUGGGAGGCUCACUUUCAGCAACUCUACUCAGACACCUCUGCUAAAAGUGGAGGCUCUAGUCAAACUAUAGAGAAUCUGCCUAUGUGGGCACCAGUGAUGGUAACAAGAGAUUAACAACCUGGUAGCUCAGCUAAGAUUGGGGAAGGCCCCAGGGGAAGACCUAAUUCUUCCAGAGGCCAUUAAAAACAAUAUGGACUUCUGGGCCCCUAUUCUGGCCUCACUCUUCACCUGCAUUGACACCCAUGGCCGAGCCCCCAAGGACUGGGGGCUUGUAAUCAUUGCCCCUAUAUAUAAAAAAGGGGAAAAGGAUGAUCCUACAAACUACAGACUGAUUAGCCUCCUUAACGUAAUUAGCAAACUUUACGCAAGACACCUACAAUGGAAAUUCCACGACUGGAUGGAACAAGAAAAUAUACUUUCAGAGGAGCAAGCUGGCUUUAGGGAAGGUCAGUCCACUAUUGACCUGUGCCUAGCACUCCAUCAUCUCAUUGAGAAGUAUUCCUCCCGCAACACAACCUCCCUCUUUGCUGCUUCUAUAGAUUUCAAAGCAGCAUUUGAUUCCAUACUCAGAGCUAAACUGGAAAAAAACUGGAGGCCAUCUCAAUAGAUCCACGUCUACUCCAUUUAAUUUGUAUGUUACAUGAAGGGACCUCAAAAAGUAAGAUGUAACCCCUGGGGCCAUCUCACCAAUGCCUUUGAAAUUGAGCAAGGUGUCAAGCAAGGCUGCAUACUGGCCCUACUCUUGUUUAAUUUCUACAUCAACUCCAUGGUGGGUCAUCUCCAUAGCUCAAACUUUCACUCCCCAAAACUUGCUGGAAGACACAUCCCUGUUCUGCUCUAGGCAGACAAUGCAGCAAAGCUUUCAAGAACACCCAUUGGCCUCAAAAGAGCACUGAGCGCUAACACUGUAUUGCAAGGAGGACUGGCCCCGCUACAACAUACAAUGUUUCCAGGUUCUGCAUAGCAGUGUUCAAAAUUCGUUGGAUGAUGACCUGUGCCACAAACUAGAUUUAAUGAACACUCAUAUCAGGGUGCUCUGUAAAUUGAUAGGCAUAGCCUUUUAUAUACUAACCUUUUAUGCUCUUCCACAUCCAUUUAAUGAUCCCAACCCUUCUUUUAGAUUCUUUAAGCCGCUUACAGUUUUUUAUAUAUACCUUCUGUUUUAAUAAUUUUAGUUUCCCAAAAUGUUUUACAGAUUUAAAAUGAUUGUUCCCCACCCUACUUAUUCCUCUCUAUGACUGUAAUAAAGAUUUGAUGGAUACAUACGGAGUGAAAUAGUCUUGCAACAUUUAAUCAGCAAAUUCUGUGUCUGCGUUAUCUUUUUUCAGUCCAAGGGCUCAUCCGCACUAUAUAUUUAGAGCACUGUUAUCACUUCAAACAAAGUUUGUUAAGGGUAUUGAGAGUUGAUAGGGUGCCCCCAUUGCCCUCACAUAACUACAUUUCACAUCUCUGGGAUGAGGAAUUGAGUGUAGAGCCACACUGGGAAUUGUAGCUUAGGGAGGGGAAUGGGGCACCCCAACAACUGUCGGCACACUUGACAAACCGCAGCUCCCAGGAUGCUUUGGGGGAAGCCAUCGCGGUUGAUUCCCUGCCUACUGAGAGCAAGCAGGUGCCUUCCCUGUACUCUUUUGGCACCUGCUACAACCAUUCUUGUUUAGACAAGCCUACCAAGAUGCUUAGAAAGUUGAGGCAAUUUGAAUCUGUUUGUAUGUUUUAAAGUAUGGUUGUGAUUUUUUCCUGAUUUCACUGUUUUACCUUUUUUUAAACUGCUUUGAGGGUUUUCCCCUACAAUCAAGCAGUGUAUAAAUUUUAUUUUGCCCAAUAGUUUUUAUUAGUUUUCCAAAUUUUUGGUGUAUAAAUGUUAUGAAAUUGAAAUGAAACAUGCUAUAAUAGUAUUUUAAAUGUUUAGUGCAGGUGGGGCACCAUUUGUUGUGGAGGUAGCAUGAGGGUUGCAUCUGUGCUUAAAGCAGCCUAGACAAUGCUGGCUUCCUCUUAAUAUUUAUGGUGGGGAGGGGGGAAUCCCUUCACCUCCUUAUGUUAUGGGGAAUCUCCACAGGUGAGCUGAGUUCAUGGAUCCAGCAAUCUUUUAAGCAUUACGUUGUAGAAGACGCGAAGCAACAGUUUGGUGAAUAUGACAAAGAUGGAGAUGGAUAUGUAUCCUGGGAAGAAUACAAUGUUCAGAUGUAUGAUCGUGUAAUAGACUUUGAUGAUGAUACGACUUUGGAAGAUGCCGAAGAAGAAUCUUUCCGGCAGGUGAGACACCAUGUGUUUUCCUAUAGCUCCAGCCUGGAACAUCUGUUGCCUCCCUUGGUCAAGGCCAGCCCUGUGGAUGAGAAUGCCACAAGUUCAGAGUAUGAGAGAUCCUCUCUAAGUUUUCUAGCCAUUGCGCUAAUUCCCCCUUCCUUGCCAGUCGGCUUGACACAAGGAAAGAAUAAUAAUUAUAACUUGCAUGUAAACAGUUUUUUGUAAAGUUACUCAUCUGUGUGAAGCUUUUUAAAAAAUUAAGUGCUAUGUAUACUAAUAUGACACAUUGUACUUCAUAGGUUUCCCUGACAGAUGUGGCAUUUGCUUACAUAAUUUUGUAGUUUUUGUAUUUUCUCAUUUUACAUCACUAAUCACACUCUGACUAGAUCCUUUAUCAACCCUCUUUUAGCUAGAUAUAAGUUAUGAUGAACUUCUAACUCCUCUCAGUGUAUAUAAGAUUGAUCUUGUAACGUGUAUUAAAAUAAAAGGAAAAGCAGGUUAGGUUUAUGUAGCUUGAAACUAAUGAAUACAAUAUGACUUCCGUUCAUGUAACUGUUAUUCCCCAAAUUGUUUUCUAAGCUCCAUUUAAAGGACAAGAAGAGGUUUGAAAAGGCUAAUAGGGAUGGAAGUUCUGGCCUGAAUCUGGAUGAAUUCAUUGCAUUUGAACAUCCUGAGGAAGCAGAAUACAUGAAGGCAAGUUUUGAGAGAAAGUGGCUACCACGGGGAAUGCUGUUUGUUCAUUCUUCAGAUCCUGAGGGACACUAUAGGGAUGUACAACAUACAGAUUUUUCUGAGUAAAACAAGCUUCUCCAUAGCAUUGAAAAUCCACCACUGGGCUUUUACAUACGCAGGAAAGGUGGUGGCGAUGAUGUUUCUUCAGACUGCAAUCCAGUGCUCAGCCGCUGGGGGGCAGGAUUUCCACUGAAGCCCAUGAGACCUCUCUCUCCAGGCUGGGGCCUUGCAAUGCUGUGUAACAGCUGAGGGCAAGCAGUCCUGCAUAUGCCACAUUGAAACGAAGGGGAGAAAUCAAGGAACCCUCAUUUCAGUAUUUGUUUCUGAUGCUGUCAAGUUAGAAACCCUUAUAGCUGCUUCAUGUAAAAAAAAGUGUGUGUUCUUGAAUGGCCCUUCCUUUGCCCUCACCUCAACAAAUUUUAGCAUGGGAGAAUAUUCAGUAUCUUCUGCACCAUUUGUGCACCUUUUAGUUCUGUCUCCUGUGCUCUCUCACUUGCUUAGGACAAUGGUUGGACUUCACUAACAAAAUUAUUUACCUGAGUACACAAGUUCAAACUGUUGUCUUAGUGCAACUUGCUCACUUAUUUGGAUGAUGAUGAAACAAGUUCUAAGGAAAAUGCAAAUACCAGAAUGAGCAUUCACUGUGUUGGUGAGAAUUUGCCCAGCUACACAGUGCGUUCAUUCUUGUCUCUUGUAUUUUUACUUGGAAUUUAGUGCACCUCAUCUAAAUUAAGAAUCCUGUGAAUUUCUGCAGGCGCUUUAAACACUGUUGGUUAACUGGCCAAAGUUACCCGACCUUUUCUCUCCCCGCUAGGAGUUUGUAAUUCAGGAGGCUUUGGACGAACAUGAUAAGAAUGGCGAUGGAUUUGUGAGCCUUGAAGAGUUCCUUGGUGACUACAGAAGAGAUCCAAGUGAGUGGGCGGGGAAUUAUGUUAGAAGUGUCAUAAAUUCUUUGCAUUGCAUUUGCAAAGUACAUCUGUCAAGGCCCUUAAUUUUACACAGGUGUUCUCCAUAAACUUUCCACUCAUCUUCCCUUUGGCAACUGGUUGGUUUCUGAAUAGCAGUGACCUUGUGUGCCUUGUAAAUGUGGGAAGGAGAAAGGAGAUUUAGCUUCUGCAGUUCUAUGACUAUUGCUGUUCAGUUUGUAAGUAUUUAAAUAGGAAUCCUUCCAUCUCCUUUUCUAUGGCAGUGAUGCUCUUUGGCCCUAAAUCUUUGGAGUAAUGUGGGGAGUUAAUAUAAGCUGUCUGGUUUUUGAUACAGCAAUAUCAUUUUUUUCAGAACUGAACUGAACUAACAAGAAUAUAAUUUGGGGGGGGGGAGGUUGCCAUCAGAAGGUGUUCAUUCACAUUUAAUGAAAAACACCCUUGUUGAGUCAGUGGGUGAUAACCAGCAUUGCACACGCUCAACUCCCUUCCUCUGCCAUGCAAGCCCCUCCAUCUCCUAGGAAGGUCCCCCAAUUCUCUACCACAUUUUUUUCGGCGGGGUGUGUGAUGCAUAGGAUGUUCUGAGAAAGUGGAAGUCCUGCUGCACAAGCGGAAAUCAGAAUCUGUUCUAUAUUGCCCAUACUUGGUAGUUUUGCUUGUCUGCUGUGAUUCUGGUUGCUAUAAAUAUUUAUGCAACCUGUUCUCAGUUUCCAGUAGGUAUGCUGUCAUCGACAUAGUUGUUUUUUAAUUAUUUGCAGAUUUAACAAACUAGAGGAGGAAGAGAAAAAAAUAAUUAAACCAAUAAAAUAAGGAGUGUGUACAAGCAGUCCCUGUUUACGUUUCUGAGGCACCACGUGCUUCGGUGAAAUCCUGUAUGAUUGAAACCCAUUGAAAAAGCCUGCAAACACCCCAUUCUGCCCCCGCCCUCAUCCUACCCAUUUUGUGACAAUUCAGUGACUUUAUGAUGUUUCCGGGUCACUUGUGGGUUCAGCGCAAUGCACAGUUGCACACACAUCAAACGUGUGUAAAUGGGGGGGGGGGGCUUCCUCUAUCUAAUCCAGGAGUAGGCAACCUAAGGCCCGGGGGGGGGGGGCAAUCGCCUACUGAAUCUGGCCCGCAGUCAGUCUUGGAAUCAGCGUGUUUUUACAUGAGUAGAAUGUGUCCUUUAAUUUAAAAUGCAUCUCUGGGUUAUUUGUGGGGCAUAGGAAUUCGUUAAUUUUUUUCCCCAAAAUAAGUCCAGCCCACCACAUGGUCUGAGGGUCAGUGGACCAGCCCACGGCUGAAAAAGGUUGCUGACCCCGAUCUAAUCUGUCUAUACACCAAUAGUAACCAAACAGUCCCUCAUCCAUUCACAUCAUGGAUACAGUAACAUACAUCUUAAGUUAACUUAAAUGUUUCAUAAAAGCCUUCCAAAUGUCCAGAAAAGGAUCCACAAGGUAAUGACAAAAUUCAUUCAGAUACCGCAGUCAGACCAGAAAGUGUGUACACUGGACAGCCUCACGUCUUUUGCCUCAACCCGCCUUUCCCAGUGUUAAGCCUCCAAUAUCUCUCUGUAGUAGACGGUACCUCCCUAUGCCAGAGGUGCUGAGUUGAAAUAAUAAUUAUCUGUAUUAUUCAGAUAGGUUAAGAGCAUAAGCAAAAGAUCCUAUGGGAUAGUGUAUAUUUUGCUGAUAAAUUUUUAGAGACUUUUUAUCAAUGAGGUUUAAGAUUUAUUGUUACGUUGCUUUGGUUGUAAAUCACCUUGGUCCUCACUGGAAUGAAAUGUAAUAUAUGAAUUGUUUAUUUUUUAAAAAUAAAAACAAUUCAGAUAUUUUUAUUUAAUUAAAUUUCCCCACAAUGCUCUUUUUUUCUUUUUUCUUUUUUGCAUUAUACCAAAUGGUAGCCUUUUUGGCACAUCCAACAUUUGGAACAGAGUUUUCAUUUUGUUAAUAAUUGCCAUGAUAGCAUUUUUAAAGUUUCUUCUGAUACUGUUUCAGAAAGCAUGGUUGCUUUUGCAGUUCCUUUAUUUUAACUGAUGGUAUACAAAGGAAAGAGACUUAAUCCAUGUGAAAAAUUGUGUUUAGCUGCCAGUGAAGACCCAGAAUGGAUACUUGUGGAGAAGGAUCGAUUUACAAAUGAUUACGACAAGGAUAAGGAUGGGAAACUCAACCCUAAAGAGUUAUUAAGCUGGGUAGUACCUAAUAAUGAAGGUAUUGCUCAGGAAGAGGUAAGAGUUUAUGAACUUGAUAGCCAGACUUCAAUCACACAGUCGCAAAUGUUCUGAGUCCUCCCUGGAAUCCGUUAGACUUUAACACACCUAAUUGUGGCUCAGCAUUGUGACAGCCUACUCUAGCAGUAGUGGGGAAGGCCUCCCCCAUUUGGCCUGCAAGGCCAUUUUGGCCAGCCUGUGCCCAUCUAGUGUGGAGCAGUAUACCUAAAGGAGUGUCCCCAUCCUCAUCAUUCGGUGUGGACACUGAGGUCCAGCGCUGAGGGCCUUCUGGCGGUCCUCUCAGUGCGAGAAGCGAAGUUACAGGGAACCAGGCAGAGGGCCUUCUCGGUAGUGGCACCUGCCCUCCCUACCAGACUUUUAGAAGACAUCUGAAGGCAGCCCUGUUUAGGGAAGUUUUUAAUGUUUGCUGUUUUAUCGUGUUUUUAAUACAGUCAAACCUUGGAUUCCGAACACCUCCGUUUUGGAACGUUUUGGCUCCUGAAAGCCAAAAACACGGAAGUAAAUGCUCCAGUUUUCGAAUGUUUUUCGGAAGCUGAACAUCCGACGUGGCUUCCACUUGAGUGCAGGAAGCUCCUGCAGCCAAUUGGAAGCUGUGCCUCAGUUGUCAAACAUUUUGGAAGCUGAACAGGCUUCCAGAACGGAUUAUGUUCGACAACCAAGGUUUGACUGUAUUCUGUUGGGAGCCACCCAGAGUGGAUGGCGAAACCCAGCCAGGUGGGUGGGGUAUAAAUAAUAAAAUUAUUAUUAUUAUUAAGCAGGUAAAGAUGCAAUUUUCUGCUGAAAGUGGGUUUAUCUGAUCCUUGGCUUAGGCAAAACCCUAGAAUCAUAGAAUCAUAGAGUUGGAAGAGACCACAAGGGCCAUCGAGUCCAACCCCCUGCCAAGCAGGAAACCCCAUCAGAGCACUCCUGACAUAUGGUUGUCAAGCCUCUGCUUAAAGACCUCCAAAGAAGGAGACUCCACCACACUCCUUGGCAGCAAAUUCCACUGUCAAACAGCUCUUACUGUCAGGAAGUUCUUCCUAAUGUUUAGGUGGAAUCUUCUUUCUUGUAGUUUGGAUCCAUUGCUCCGUGUCCGCUUCUCUGGAGCAGCAGAAAACAACCAUUCUCCCUCCUCUAUGUGACAUCCUUUUAUAUAUUUGAACAUGGCUAUCAUAUCACCCCUUAACCUCCUCUUCUCCAGGCUAAACAUGCCCAGCUCCCUUAGCCGUUCCUCAUAAGGCAUCGUUUCCAGGCCUUUGACCAUUUUGGUUGCCCUCCUCUGGACACGUUCCAGUUUGUCAGUGUCCUUCUUGAACUGUGGUGCCCAGAACUGGACACAGUACUCCAGGUGAGGUCUGACCAGAGCAGAAUACAGUGGCACUAUUACUUCCCUUGAUCUAGAUGCUAUACUCCUAUUGAUGCAGCCCAGAAUUGCAUUGGCUUUUUUAGCUGCCACAUCACACUGCUGGCUCAUUUCAAGUUUGUGGUCAACCAAGACUCCUAGAUCCUUUUCACAUGUACUGCUCUCAAGCCAGAUGUCACCCAUCUUGUAUUUGUGCCUCUCAUUUUUUUUGCCCAAGUGCAAUACUUUACAUUUCUCCCUGUUAAAAUUCAUCUUGUUUGUUUUGGCCCAGUUCUCUAAUCUGUCAAGGUCGUUUUGAAGUGUGAUCCUGUCCUCUGGGGUGUUAGCCACCGCUCCCAGUUUGGUGUCAUCUGCAAAUUUGAUCAGGAUGCCCUUGAGUCCAUCAUCCAAGUCGUUGAUAAAGAUGUUGAAUAAGACCGGGCCCAAGACAGAACCCUGUGGCACCCCACUAGUCACUCUUCUCCAGGAUGAAGAGGAACCAUUGAUGAGCACCCUUUGGGUUCGGUCAGUCAGCCAGUUACAAAUCCACUGAGUGGUAGCAUAGUCAAGACAUUUUACCAGCUUCUUUACAAGAAUAUCAUGGGGCACCUUGUCAAAUGCCUUGCUGAAAUCAAGGUAGGCUACAUCCACUGCGUUCCCUUCAUCUACCAGGCUUGUAAUUCUGUCAAAAGCGAGAUCAGGUUAGACUGACAUGACUUAUUUUUCAGAAAGCCAUGCUGACUAUUGGUGAUCACAGCAUUCCUUUCUAGGUGCUCACAGACUGUUUGCUUAAUGAUCUGCUCCAGAAUCUUCCUGGUAUUGAUGUCAGACUGACUGGGCGGUAAUUAUUUGGGUCCUCUCUUUUCCCUUUUUGAAAAUAGGGACAACAUUUGCCCUCCUCCAGUCUGCCGGGACUUCGCCUGUUCUCCAGGAGUUCUCAAAGAUGACUGCCAAUGGUUCUGAGAUCACAUCUGCCAGUUCUUUUAAUACUCUUGGAUGCAGUUCAUCUGGCCCUGGAGACUUGAAUACAUCUAAACUAGCCAAGUAUUCUUGUACUAUCUCCUUAGUUAUUCUGGGCUGUGUUUCCUCUGCUGAAUCAUUUGCUCCAAAUUCUUCAGGUCGGGCAUUGUUUUCUUUAUCGGAGAAGACUGAGGCAAAGAAGGCAUUGAGGAGUUUAGCCCUUUCUGUGUCCCCUGUUUGCAUUUCACCAUCUUCUCCUCUGAGUGACCCCACUGUUUCUUUGUUCUUCCUUUUGCUACGAACAUACCCAUAAAAGCCUUUUUGGUUGCUUUUAACCUCUCUAGCAAGCCUGAGUUCAUUCUGUGCUUUAGCUUUUCUGACUUUGUGUCUACACGUGCUGGCUAUUUGUUUGAAUUCCUCUUUGGUGGUUUCCCCCCAUUUCCAAUUUUUGUACACAUCCUUUUUUAAUCUUAACUCAGUUAAAAGUUCUUUAGAUAGCCACCCUGGCUUCUUUAGGCACCUUCCAUGAUUCCGUCUCAUUGGUAUUGCCUGAAGUUGUGCUUUUACAAUCUCCCUCUUAACAAACUCCCAGCCAUCAUGAACUCCCUUUCCUUUUAGUAUUACUGUCCAUGGGAUCUCACCCAGCACUUCCCUAAGUUUUAUGAAGUCCGCUUUCUUAAAGUCAAGAAAUUGAGUCCUAGUAUGCUUGGCUGCUCCUUUCCGCUGUAUAGUAAACUUCAGAAGAGCAUGAUCACUCGCGCCUAAUGAUCCUUCCACUUCUACCCCACUAACCAGGUCAUCAACAUUGGUUAGGACCAGAUCUAAAAUGGCUGUUCCUCUUGUUGCUUCUCCCACUUUCUGGACAAUGAAGUUGUCUGCAAGGCCAGUGAGGAAUCUGUUUGACCUUAUGCUCUUGGCUGAGUUUGACAUCCAACAAAUAUCCGGGUAAUUGAAGUCCCCAUUACUACUAUCUCCUUCCUUUUGCAUGCUUGGCCAUCUGUUCCAGGAAGGCAUCAUCUAUGUCCUCCGUUUGGCUUGGGGAUCUAUAGUAAACUCCCACAAUGAGGUCACUGUUAUUCUUCUCUCCUUAAUUUUGACCCAAAUGCUCUCACUUUGGCUUUGAGGUUCUAAAUCUUGGAUCUCUUCACAGGUAUACACAUCCCUGACAUAUAACGCCACUCCUCCUCCUUUCUUGUCUGGUCUGUUUCUCUGAAAUAGAUUGUAUCCCUCCAUUAUUACAUUCCAAUCGUGGGACUUCUCCCACCAGGUUUCAGUGAUGCCUGUUAUGUCAUAUGUAGUUUGCUGUACCAAGAGCUCAAGCUCAUCUUGUUUAUUUCCCAUGCUUUGCGCAUUAGUGUACAGACAUUGAAGUCCAUUAAUCAUUCCCCCGUGUCUCUUAUUUAAGGAUUUUUUCCUCCCACCACUAGGUCUGCGUGCUGUUUGCUCCAUUUGGUCUAUGACAUUUGGAUGAUCAUCUUCAUCAAUUGAUAGACUCCUACCUUCAGGAGCACUGUCUCCCUCCCCCACAUUAGUCAGUUUAAAGCUCUCCUGAUGAGGUUUCUGAGAUUUUUGGCAAAAACAUUUCUCCCAACCGUUGUGAGGUGCAGCCCAUCGCUUGCCAGAAGUCCAUCUUCAAGAAACUGCAGUCCGUGAUCUAAGAAUCCAAACCGUUCCUGUUUACACCAUUUGCGAAGCCAGCUGUUCACUUCCACUAUUUUCCCCUCUCUCCCUGGGCCACGUCGUUCAACUGGGAGGACAGAUGAGAUGACAAUUUGUGCAUUUAAUUGCUUCAAUUUCCUGCCCAGUGCCUUUGCGACUGCCACUGCACAGGCAACCUUCAGAUUACAGCCCCCGUGCCUGCAAAACCUUGUGUCCUAGCUUGAGUGAUGGCAAACCACAUAGGCAACAGAAAACGCCUCACUUGACAUCAGGUGAUUGAUAGGUAGGCAGCUGUAUCUACCUGUUAAGAUGGCCUGAAGAGAUUGGUGGAACCUAAGCAUCCGGGUCUCUAGCAAUAAAUAACUCCCCAGCUCAGCACUAUAGAUUUCUUUACUCCCUGCUGCAAUAUCUGAGCAGCAUAGAGAUUUUUGGAGGAUGAGACUUUAAUCUGGCAAUCCAACCCCUACCCCUGGCAACACACCAGUGUAAUAUGGACAGCCAAAAGCGAAUGCAGAAACUACUUGGAUUUUUCCUUUCCAUCACAUGUUUUUAUCAUAUUUACACAGCAGAUGAUACAUUAUUUCUUUGAAACUCUUUACAGGUACCGUACAGUCUUUUCAAAUAAGAAAGACAGACAGGCAGACAAGAGAUGAAUUUGUGAACUACUUUAAUGCUUGUUAAUUUUAUUCUCUAGGCUGUCCACCUCAUUGAAGAAAUGGACUUGGAUGGUAACGGAAGGCUGGCAGAGGCAGAGAUUCUUGAGAAUCCAGAUCUGUUUCUCAACAGUGAAGCCACAGAUUAUGGCAGGCAGCUGCAUGAUGAAAGCUUUUACCAUGAAGAACUCUAGUUUCCAAGAGACUCUAUUCUUUGUUCCAGAGUUGGAUUUUUUUUUUUUAUGUGUUCAGCUUUGAAGACAGCAACACAGUAAUAUACUGGUGUCUGCAGCAGUUUCUGCAUCCCUGGGUUUCUUUGUACAUUGCCUUCGAUGUUUUAGCCUCCAUAAUUUUGGUACUACAAACCUAUUGUACUUUUAAAGGGAGCAGAAGCCUUCUCCAGCAUUUCAUGUUUUAGUCCUGCUUUUUGAAACAUACUUGAAAAAAUGCAAAGAUGUGACUAUGUGAUAGGAUAGAGAAUACCACUAGUUUGUGUUAGAUUUUGGGAAAGAGGAAAAACUAUUACGGUGUUUGUUUCAUCUUUGUAAGAAUCUUUCUGUAUGAAUAUCCAGAAGGACUAAAGCCUUACAUAUUUGUAAGGUUUCUGUGUAUAUUAACUUCUGUAGAUGGUGUUUAUAAUCUGAGAAUCUUAUUUUUGCAGCUAGAUAGCAAUUAUUUUUACUGUAAUGAUAAUCGCUUUAGAAAGUGUAUUGUAUUUAAGUAAGAAACAAACUUUAAACACUAAAGAUUAAAAACUCAAAAUGUCCUCAUUUUUUCUUGUCAUUCUUGCUAUGACUCCCUUAACUAGGGCUAAAUUAAUACAUUAGACCCACUAUUCUCCCAAAAGCACACAACGUGGUUUACAUGAAAUAAAUAUAAUGCAGGGAUACUGAUACAAGCUUUAAAAGCCAACAUUGGUUUGAAACAGCAAAUCAAAAUUCUUUAAAGCCCUGUUAACUACAUGCCUCUGAAAGCCUUGUUUUCUCCAGCCGCUUAAAAGAAAGUGGCAAAGGGACCAGGUGAGUCUCUUAGGAGCCUGUUCCAUGUCCACAGUAUCACACUUCACUGUUGCUAUGUAUUCCUUGUCAUUUGUUAGGAUCCUAAAUGCUUAACUUGAAAGUAUAUUUGUAUCAAGCCAGGAUUGCAUUUCCCAGUGAUUUAUGCUAGAUGUAUGUGCAUUUUAGAAACUCUGCCUGCUAAAUACCAGGCAGGUGCAAUACCUGUCUUUCCAACACCUAUUUAAGAUCUUCCCUUUUCCAUCAAGCCUUUUAAGUGGCGAUUUUUAUCCCAGUUUGUAUGUAUGUGUACUGGAUUUGAAAUUGUUUUUAUUGUUAAAAUCGCUUUGGAUUGCUCUGUGGGAAACAAUAAAUGAAAUAAAUAAGUUCAAAAAGAAAACAUGAAUCAA